AUGAAACUGGAUGCAAAAGCCAUGCGAUACCUCACAAAUGAGGAUUUUCGUGUUCUAGCAGGUGUUGAGGUCGGUAGUAGAAACCAUGAAGUUGUACCAACACCUUUAAUAAUUCAAUUAUCCGGCCUUCGCGGUGGUAGCGGGGCUCAUAAGUGUAUAUCAAACCUUGCAAAAAUAAAUUUGAUUGGGAGGGUCAAGAAUGCAAAAUAUGACGGUUAUCGACUUACGUAUGGCGGCCUUGACUACCUUGCCCUUCAUACUCACCAGAAGCAGAAGAGCAUAUAUUCAAUUGGAAAUCAAAUUGGGGUUGGAAAGGAGUCGGAUAUUAUAGUGGUAGCAGACCAUACAAAAGUGCAAAGAAUUUUAAAAAUACAUCGCUUGGGGCGUAUAUCAUUUCGGUCUAUUAAAAAUAAUCGAGAUUAUCUCCGCCAUCGGACGUCUGCCUCGUGGAUGUAUAUGUCUAGGUUAGCUGCCGUCAAGGAAUUCGCCUUUAUGAAAGCGCUCCGUCAACAAGGCUUUCCAGUCCCAGAGCCAAUCGCACAGAAUCGCCAUACCAUUGUUAUGAGUUUGAUCGAUGCCUUUCCCUUAAGGCAAAUCGCUUCAGUUCCAGAUCCCGCAUUAUUAUAUUCUGAAUUAAUCGAUUUGAUACUUCAGCUUGCAAAAUUUGGAUUAAUACAUGGUGACUUUAAUGAGUUUAAUAUUUUGAUUAGGGAGGAGUCAAAAAAGGCAGAUAAAGGAAAGCAACCGGCAGGAUCUGAAAUUGAGCCAGAAGACUUGAAGUUGGUACCUGUGAUUAUCGAUUUCCCACAGAUGGUCUCAACAGACCACACAAACGCCGAAAUGUAUUUUGAUAGAGAUGUGAACUGCAUCAAACGGUAUUUUCAGCGACGAUUUGGGUUUGUUAGCGAUGAACCAGGCCCUUUUUUCCGUGAUGCCAAAAAGAUUGUUGGCAGAGAUGGUACUCCGAGAUUAGAUGUUGAGGUUGAAGCUUCUGGCUUUUCAAGGAAAAUGGCCCGAGAGUUGGAAGCAUAUAUGAAGGAAGUUGGCGUUGAUGGAGACGCUACAGGGGAGAGAGGUGAUGACGAUAGCGAACUCAACUCUGACUCUGGGCAAGAUGAGGACGAUAACGGCGAUGGCGGCACCUUAUUAGAUACAACUCAGGCUGACCAACCUGAAGAAAGCCAACCGAGUCUCUCAAUCGCAACUGAAGUUUCGGCAAUGAAUGAACUUCGACUUUCAGGAUCGUCAUGA